AUGGCACCCAUUCAAGCUUCAGUGGACCUAUUCAAAUCAGAGUGUCUGGUCUACCGAGCCCCAGAGGACACCCCAGAGGAUAAAGAAUUCAUCCAUUCUUCUAUUCUCAAUGACCAAACCAUCCAAGGAAUGAGCACUUUGCGUCUCAGUCGCCCGACAAACAAAAAUGCAGCAGACGAGUUCAUCAAAACACUACAAGGAUUCGUUCUCGGGGUACUUAUUUGUCUGCCUGUUACGUCUGAAGACAAUACCACAUCUGAGACCCCGUCAAAUCGAUCCAUCAAGACAAUUCCAAUUGGCCAUGUGAACAUAUCCAAUAGAUUCGGUCCAGAUACUUCCCACCACCGGAACGCAAUGCUGGGAAUAUCUUUUGCAGAGGGAUACCGAGGUCAAGGCUACGGGGCAGAAGCAAUCAACUGGGCGCUUGACUGGGCUUUUCAGUAUGGUGGAUUCCACAGAAUCUGUCUCGGGGCUUUCUCUUUCAACACCAAUGCUUUGAAGCUUUACAGGAAAGUUGGCUUUAGGGAGGAAGGUCGAGAGCGGGAGUCUGUGUUUAGACUUCGGAAAUGGCAUGAUGUUAUUGUUAUGGCUAUGUUGGAGCAUGAGUGGGAAGCAUUGAGAUCGAAUGUUUCGGAGAAUUAG